UCUCCUUUGGGUCUUUCUUUUUUUCGGCGUCAUGCGUGAUUCUCACAACGCGCAUGCGCAGAAGACGCGCGUUCUCGUUCGGCAGCAGGUAAAGAGCAGGAGCUGCGCGUGUUUUCGCUUGUUGCUGUUGGACUCCGCCAAAAUGCUCAAAUUCCUUCCGAAAUUCUUGCUCUUGCUGUUGCUAGCAUUCCCGGUAACCAUUUUAAUGAAAGGUACGUUUGUAGCUGCACAGGAUGUUACAGAAGAAGAAGAGGCAGCCGAUGAAGAUACUACUGAUGAUGUGAUUGCUGAAGAUGAGGAUGAUGAAGCAGAAGUGGAAGAUGAUGAAAACACAGAAUUGACUGAAGAAAAAGAUGAAGAGGAAGAAGAAGAAGCUCUAGCAGGAGAAAUAAAGCCUUCCCCAAAUGCUGAUACAACAAUUCUGUUUGUCAAAGGAGAAGACUUCCCAGCCAACAACAUUGUGAAAUUCCUGAUGGGCUUCACUAAUAAAGGCAGUGAGAAUUUUGUGGUCGAGUCUCUGGAUGCUUCCUUCCGCUACCCUCAAGACUUUCAGUUUUACAUCCAGAACUUCACUGCUCUGCAGUUGGGUAUAGAGGUACCUCCACAGCGCCAGGCCACGUUUGAGUACUCUUUCAUCCCUGCUGAGCCCAUGGGUGGUCGUCCUUUUGGCUUGGUCAUCAACCUCAACUACAAGGACAGCAGUGGCAACAUUUUCCAGGAUGCAGUGUUUAACCAGACAGUCACCAUCACUGAGAGGGAGGAUGGUUUGGAUGGAGAAACGAUCUUCAUGUACGUGUUUCUCUCUGGCCUUGGACUUCUGGUGGUUGUUGGCCUGCAUCAGCUACUGGAAUCUAGGAAGAGGAGGAGACCUGUGGCCAAGGUGGAGAUGGGGACCUCCAACCAUAAUGAUGUUGAUAUGAGCUGGAUCCCUCAGGAAACACUCAAUCAGAUUAUGCAGAGUCGGCGAGAUAAGGCUUCCCCCAGAAGAUCACCCCGUAAGAGGACGCAGAAGCGCUCUGCUGGAUCAGAUGAGUGAAGAGGGAGUGUAGUUCUGUUGCUCUUGGCUGUAUGGUGCAUGCUACUGAGCACAGUUUGACCAUCAUACAAACACCUAUAGCGGUCAACAUUCGUAUACCAAUAUGGUCAAAUUUUUUUCUAAAUAUAACAAAUAAAAACGAAAAAGUGACAACAAUGAAAAGCUACUCCAGCCACUGUAGUGGUGUAAUUAUUUUCUUUUCCUGUUUUGCUUUUUGAGAUUAGUCAGUCUGACUUAUCAAUUUUGCUUAAAUCUGUGGACAAAAGGCAUAAUUAUGGUUUUGUUUGGUUUCUAGAAAGCCAUGUUUUUUUUUUUUUUUUUUUUUUUUUAAAUUAAUCCCUCUCCUGGGUUGUUUGUUUUUUCUUGGCACUGAUUGACUUUAUGCACAUGUAUUCUUAGCUGGGUCUUCCUCACUAAUUUGGUAACUUGUUUCCAGCCAGUACGAGUGUGCAUCUGCCAUGUUCACGUGCACUGAGUUUUUGUUUUUGGCCAUUUUUAUUCUGCCAUUGUGGGUUUGGAGGAUUGCUGACUAGAUAAAAACCAUGCGCCCCGACUGUGCCUAUUUUUAUUAUUCUCCGUUGUCUUUUCACUUCUCAGAAUGUCUCCUGAUUUUCAAGUGUGUUUUCAGGAUAUUAAAUAUCAUAUGAUUUCCAGGAACACUGAUGAUGAUAUAAACUGGGAAUAGGGAGUCUGUGGAUAAAUUUUUUUUUUUUUUUUUUUUUUUUUUUGUCUUGUGGCAUGAAUUUUGAUGCCUGUAAUAAAUACUGUGUAGUACACUACUGUACACAAAUGGCCCCUAUAGUUCAGGUGGGCUUUGACAACCCAUGGUAUAUAAACAAUUAGUGCUAUAGACAUGUACUUGCUUUUCAGUAGGUGUGUGAUUUACUGACCGAUUGCUUCCUUAUUGAUGUUUUUAAGGUUCAGUGGAUACAUUUUUGAGAAUAAUUUACAAGUAGAAAUGGCAAAGUGAACCAAUUGAUGCAUAAGCUGAAAACAGGCAGUUAGCAAGGCUUUUCUCUUAGUCAUGGCUUUCUUUUAUUGGGACUUUCAGCUCUGCUCUACUUUCCAAAGAAAAACUAAAACGUUUUUGUUUCCCAUUUAUUGUUGAACAAAUGUUGCCAUUAAGACUGCCCACACAAGUAUUAAUGACUAGAAGGAGGGAGUUCUGAAGAGAUUAUGGAAAGUACAAAAUAAAGAUGGACAUCAAUGUU